GUUUGUAAAUCUUAUCAGUGCUCCAAAUGUUAGUUUAGCUUUUUAAUGCUACUUGUUUGAUGUUAUCAAGGUUUGAUUUAGAUAGCACAUCCACUCUAUGUAAUAAUCUACACCUUCUCCUCAUAACCUUGUCCCCAGAAGGAGAGCACAGAACAUACCAUACGGCCCGUUAUCACGAAGAGCCCAGAUGUACAACAUAAAUGCAGAGUUGCAACUCAAUAUAUCAUCAAGGACGUUACACAGGUGUCACGAGGUUCACAGUCCUGGAUUCAACCACGGCCAUGUACACUUUUACCUUCCUCUGUGCCUUCGGCUUCUUUGCUGCUCUUCAGGUGCCUUGCACCUUGGCAGAUGAUUCAACUGAGAUUGUGAACAAACAUAACGACUUGAGGAGAAAUGUUCAGCCUACUGCUAGCAACAUGCUGAAAAUGUCCUGGAACAAUGAGGCUCAAGCCAAUGCUCAGAGAUGGGCCAACACCUGCUCCAUGAGACACAGCCCUGAGAGCUCCAGACAGAUCAGCACUAGUGGCUGCGGAGAGAACCUGUACAUGUCCAGCUUCAAGAACACCUGGAGCAACGCCAUCCAGUCCUGGUAUGAUGAGAUUAAGGACUGGCGCUACGGAGUUGGAUCUGUGAACGGAGGAGUGGUUGGACACUUCACACAGGUGGUUUGGUACAGGUCUAACCAGAUUGGCUGUGCUGUGGCCUACUGUCCCAACUCCCAGUACAAGUACUUCUACGUCUGCCACUACUGCCCCCCUGGAAACUACCAGUUGGCUCGCCCCUACAAGACAGGACCCACCUGCGGAGACUGCCCCAACGCUUGCGACAACAAACUGUGCACCAACCCCUGUCCUUACACUGACAAGUACACUAACUGUCCAGAGCUGAAGGAGCAGUGGGGCUGCAGCAACUCAGAUGUGGCCUCUUCGUGUCCCGCCUCCUGCAAGUGCACCUCUCAGAUUAUUUAAAUGUCUGUCCACACAGGCUCUGACUCAUCAGUCAGUUUAAAUAAAGAUCUGCAUCAUACAAGAUUUGGGUUCAUUCUGUGUAUCUUCUUACUCACCACCUCCAAAAAUAUGACCUCUUUCUGCAGUUAGGAUAUAAAUAAGUACUUCCUUCUGGUUUAAUACCUCAGGCUGCUUUAUC